UGUGGGAAUUACAAUAUGCAGAAAGCUUGGUUUUACAAGGAGUAUGGUCCCAAAGAAGUCCUCAAGUUGGGAGACUUCCCUAUUCCUACUCCCCUGCAUAACCAACUACUAGUCCAAGUUCGAGCUGCUGCUUUGAAUCCUAUUGAUUUCAAAAGACGCCAGCGACCCAUCUUUCCUUCAGACUUCCCUGUGGUACCUGGCUGUGACAUGGCUGGCGUAGUGAUAGGAAAAGGUGGAGGCGUUACGAAAUUUGAUGUGGGUGAUGAGGUUUAUGGCAACAUCCAAGAUUUCAAUGCAGGAGAAAAACUGAAGCAGCUUGGAACUCUGGCAGAGUUCAUAGUCGUGGAAGAGAGCUUGAUUGCAACAAAACCAAAUAAUCUUUCAUUUGAGGAAGCUGCAAGCUUGCCUUUAGCAGUUCAGACUGCAAUAGAAGGAUUCAAAACUGCAGGUUUUAAAGAGGGGCAAACCGUUUUUAUAGUUGGUGGAGCAGGGGGUGUUGGAACUUUGGUCGUUCAACUAGCCAAGCACUUGUAUGGUGCUUCUCACGUUGUUGCUACAACUAGUACCCCAAAGGUGGAAUUCGUCGAAAAAUUGGGUGCUGAUAGAGUUGUUGACUACAGAAAGACUAGAUAUGAUGACAUUGAUGAAAAAUAUGAUUUUCUCUAUGAUACAAUUGGCGAUUGCAAGAAUUCUUUUGUGGUAGCUAAGGAUGAUGCCCCAAUUGUUGACAUAACAUGGCCUCCUUCUCAUCCAAGAGCUAUAUAUUCAAGCUUGACAGUGUGCGGUGAUGACUUGGAGAAGCUUAGGCCACAUUUGGAGAGCGGAAAGCUUAAGGCUGUGAUCGAUCCAACUGGCCCAUAUUCUUUUGGAGAAGUAAUUAAAGCUUUUGGGUAUCUAGAAACAGGAAGAGCAAGAGGAAAAGUUGUCAUCUCUGUUCCAUCCGCCGGCAAGAACAUGCAACGUAACAUCUGAAAUGGUUCCUCAGAAAUUGUCUGUUUACUGAGUUGUGGUGCAGAACUACAUAUAUGCCAACUGAUAUCUCUGAAUUCUAUUUUACAUUGUACUCUGUUGGUAUUUUUUAAAAUAGUUAUUAGGAUUUAUGAGGUUUAUUGCUUGAACGUUUUUAAGCUUGCAUUUAUUCUCUUGAUUUGCCAGUAGCCGAACAUUUUGGUUUAACGUUGGUUUCUAAUUAAUUUAUUGCCGUUAUCUUUUUUUA